AUGUCUCUCCGGUGGUGUGGAGAGGAAGUUGAGAACUCCUUCGGCCCAACAGUUCGCGACUGUCGAGACGGCUUCGACUUCACCGUCUUCUUUGAGCAGUUGUUUCUGGCCAUUGUGCCUUCGGCCGUGCUCGUGCUCCUGGUACCGUUCAGGAUCUAUAAACUGUAUCGAGCAUCUCCAAAGGCGCGCGGCGGCUGGCUCCUUCCGCUGAAGAUUCUGGCUGCGACGACCUAUACGACCCUGCAGCUGUAUCUCCUCGUACGAUGGGUCGCGUCGCCUCCCUUCCCUGCCCGUGCUGCCACGUCCGCCGCCGCGCUCUCCGUGCUGGCUGGCUGUGCUGUCUUGGCUCUAUCGCCGUUGGAGCACCUACGGGCCCUCCGGCCGUCAACGCUCUUGCAGAGCUACCUGCUCCUCUCUGUCCUUUUUGACGCAGCUCUAUGCCGGACGCUAUGGAUGAUUGGGCGGGACUCCGCGAUCGAGCGUGUCUCUACGGCCAUCACAGCGCUCAAGCUGGUCCUGCUGUGCCUCGAGAUGGUGGAGAAGCGCCGUUGGCUCAAGCCGCAGUAUCGCGACGAGAAAGCCGAGGCCCUUUGCGGCAUUAUCCUGGUCCUGGCCGAUAUUGACGACAUGGAGGAAUCACACCGCGCCGAGGCGCUGGAGCGCAAUCUACAGGAGAGCUGGGCCAAGCUGCAAGAAACGGAGCAGCGGCCGUCGUCCCGAAACAAGCCGCACGCGCUGCUACGUACGCUGGCCUGGACGUUGCGGCGCCCCCUGGCAGCCACCGUGUUCCCGCGACUGUGCGCCAUCGGCUUCAAGUUUGCGCAGCCGUUCCUGAUCGGCAGCCUGAUUCGGUAUCUCGAUGAUGCCGCACCAGAGAACAACAACAGCAGCGGCCACGGCCUCAUCAGUGCAUUUGCGCUGGUCUACUCGGGCGUUGCCGUCUCGACGGGCCUGUACUGGUACCAGGCGUAUCGUACCAUCACGAUGGUUCGUGGCAGCCUGAUCGCCGUGGUCUACGCGCGCACGCUGGACCUGGACCUGGGCGCGCCGUCGCACGCGUCGUCGAGCACGCUGAUGAGCACCGACGUGGAGCGCAUCUGCACCUGUAUCGUGAACCUGCAUGAGCUGUGGGCGAACGUGCUCGAGGUGGGCUUAGCCAUCUACAUCCUGGCGACGCAGCUGGGAGGCGCCUGCAUUGCUGUUGCCUUUCUAGCCUUGGCCUGCGGUUUUGGAACGCUGCUCCUCACAAAACCGAUCGAGAAAAGACAGGAGGCAUGGCUGAAGGCGGCCCAGAAGAGGCUCCGGGCCACGGAAGCGACGCUCGGUUCGAUCAAGAGCAUCAAGAUGAUGGGCUGGACGGAGCCGAUGCAAAAUGUCAUACAGGGCCUACGGAUCGAUGAGCUUCGGCAGGCGAUGCACUAUCGCAAGCUCCAGGUCCUUAGCAUUGUUGUCUCUCUUGUGAUGACUGUGGCUGGUCCGGCUACUGCUAUUACCACGUUUACCGUCAUCUCAGUCGUCAGAGGGGCCAUCGCGCUAUUGCCCUCCAAGGCUUUUACUUCGAUUGCCGUCUUAGCCUUGAUCUCGACCCCUCUGAUUACUCUGUUCCAGGCGCUUCCACUGCUCAAGUCCGCUGUCGCAUCCAUGACUCGUAUCCAGGACUUCCUUAAUCAGCCCUGCCGCAAAGACAGUCAGCAGGGGAAGAACGCGACGCUUUUUCCGCAAAGCCUAGGCAGUAGUACUGAUAUGGCCAUUCCCAUGGUGGAUUUCGAAACAAAUAGAUCGGCCAGCAAACAAGGCCCCAGCCGCGGCGACGGCAAGGUCGACGACCCGAUCACCAUGUCUGAAGCAAGCAUGGGAUGGGGCGACCACGGUGAUAAGGUGGUCCUCCACGAUAUCAGCAUCACCAUUGCGCACGGAGCCUUGGCGAUGGUCAUUGGUCCUGUGGGCUGCGGCAAGUCGAAUUUACUCAAGGCCAUGCUCGGCGAGACCAGGGUCUGCCAGGGCGUUAUCAAUGUUUUGUACGAGGAGGUGGCAUUCUCGGACCAGACUCCGUGGAUGAUGUUUGGCACCAUCCGGGACAACAUUACGGGCAUGACGGGGCAUGCCUUUGACGAGACCUGGUACCGGACUGUUCUUCAUGCCUGUGCGCUCGAGAAGGAUCUAGAGCAGCUUCCGGAUGGAGGCUAG